CACCUUCCUCCAUCUCUCUCUUUCUCUCUCCAAAAGAAACUUCUGCCAUCGAUUCAUUUUAGCCAUCAGCUAGCGAUAGUAACUGUAUAUGCAUAUAGAUUUAUAUACAUAAAGGCGCUAAGAAAAGGUGGCGGAUCUGUCAAGAAACACCUGGAGUUAAUACAUCAUGGAAGUAGGCUUUCAUCCGUUCACCCUCCAUCAAGAAGACAAUCAAAACUCACCGGAAAACAGUGAUGAGCCGCCGCCCUCAACUCUGUUCUACGACACCAAGGCAACAUCUACUUCCUCUCCUAAAAGAAGUAGACGAGGGACACAUAAAAGAGUGGUUCAAGUGCCGAUCAAAGACGUUGAAGGAUCUCGGCUUAAGGGUGAGACUAAUGCUCCGCCGUCUGAUUCUUGGGCUUGGAGAAAGUACGGCCAGAAACCCAUCAAAGGAUCUCCUUACCCCAGGGGCUAUUAUAGGUGUAGUAGUUCCAAAGGAUGUCCAGCAAGAAAACAAGUAGAAAGAAGCCGGACGGACCCUACUAUGGUGAUGGUGACAUAUUCAUGUGAACACAACCACCCAUGGCCGGCUUCUAGAAACCAUAAUCACCAUCCCCACCACAACCCACCACCCGCAUCACCUCCAAGCGCCUCCACUCCAACCACUGAAGCAGAAACUUCCAUUACAGAUGACCAACUGGAAGAAGAAACACCAAUUCUUAUUACACAAUCGGAGCCUGAUCAGCUUGAGCCUGAGCAGAAGUUCUCAAGUCUCGAGGUUGGAUCAUGUGGACCAUUUUCGGACCAAUAUGGGUGGUUCUCAGACUUGGACUCCACAUCAUCAACCAUGCUAGAAAGUCCUUUGAUGGCUAGGGAUGUAGUUGAAGACAGCGACAUGGCAAUGAUUUUUUCAAUUAGAGAAGAUGAAGAGUCGUUUUUUGCUGAUCUUGGUGAGCUACCCGAAUGCACGACAGUUUUCAGACGGAGAGAGAUAGAAAGGGUGGAGGAGCACCGCCGGAACUUGGCUCCAUGGUGUGGCAGCACAGGGUGUUUUUGUAAAACUCCAAGAUUUGCAUACAGUGCGGCUAAAGAUACCAAAAGAAGCAAUUUUUAA